GUUUGACGCAUAAGCGCCCGCUAACCCUGAGGCUCGCAUCUCGCGCUUAACCAAACCAAACUAAGCCGUAUUAGCGCAUAGCCCCAAUUGCGUCAUGCCUGUAGGAAUCACCCCUUAACGCUCGCUACUCAAUUGAGGUCACCCAGCAAGAUAGUGUAGAUUUUGCCCUCAUGCCAUCUAUAAUGUUGGAUAUAUUCUUGCUUCAAUAACAAGGGUGCUGUGGGGGGACAUCGUUACCUCUUAGCACCUCUCCCCUGCAAUCAAUGGAAGCCCAGAAUUGACAUUGACUCAAGUGCUGCAGCUCCGAUACCGGCCCUUCCCACUGUGACCAUAUAUUGACUACAUUUCACAAGAGAAGCAGAAGCUCUGAAACAAAAGCAGAUAUCAAAAUAACCAGGAGAAUGGGCACUAUGACCGUCAAGAAGACCACCAAGCGUCGCCGUCCGGUAUCCUUCCUCGAUCUCCCGCCUGAGAUUCGGCACGAAAUCUAUACACUAGCACUAAGCUGGCCAAACCUCCGCGGCCUCUUUGACCGCCUGCGCCGAGAAUGCGAACAGGACGAAGCAGCCUGGUUCGCCCAUUCAUCCCUCUCAAUGGGGUUAGGGGACAUGUGCAAUAAUGCUUGUCCGCUCCCGUCUCCCUCCAUUCCAGAAUCACGCUAUACUACGCCAACAAUCUUCCUGCUCAAUCGACAGAUAACGUAUGAAGCGCUCCCUGUUCUGCAUGCGCAGGAGUUAGUCAUAGACGAGCCACCGCCUUACUCGAUGGCGCUUGGGCGGCCGGUGGAUAUCACGGUGUUCAUCUCCGAAGGGGCACUACAGCGGGCUAGACGGGUCGUGUUGAAGAUUGACAUUGCGAAUUUGGCAAGUAGGUGGGCGCGCACGGUUGAUACGUUGCUAGAUGUUUGGUGGGUGGACAAUGGUCUUGAGAAGUUAAGAAUUGUGGUUGUAGGCGGGCUUGCAGAGGGGAGGAGGAAUAUGAUUGGCGAGGAAGGGGUAAGGAUAAUUGUUUUGAAGAUGUUUGCUAAAUUGAGGAAGUUCGGCAUGGAGAAUCCAUCCGGUGUCAAAGUCCUAUUUGAGGGCAGCAGUCCGCCUCACCCCCCGGUUAAAUGGUCGCUUGGAUCUAUCUCACGGGGCGAAAAUAUCGGAACCUGAUCAAUAUACCUGAUCAUAUUACGUCUCAAGCUAUGUCAUUCGGAAGGACUACAAUGAACAAAUACUUAACCGACAUACUAGCUACUUGGAUGUUUUACAGCAGUAUCAUUGCCUACCCGGGAAUCGGCCGCUCUCAAUCUCUUUUCCAGUGUGCCGUUCACUCGACCUCGAGGGGUCACUAGCGACUUUCAAUGAUAUUCGUCUUCUCUAGCCCGGGAUGAAGCCAGCAUGAAAGCACUCGCAACUUUGCAAUUAUAAAUUGUUAAGAAAUCACGGAGUCCGGGCCAGGUUUAAUAGCUUACGCAACCAUGCUCAUCCUAACAGAGUCUAGAGAUGCACCUAUGCCGGAGGCAUUUGACGUCAUUGCGUCACAUACGGGACAUCCGCCGUCGAUUACUGAAAUAAACAUUCUCAUCUUCCCAACCCCGUAUAAGAGAGACAGAAGCCUGGAAGCCUUCCCGACCUGGCCACAUUCUUUCAAAACACAUAUAUAUGCAGAUCCCGGCUAUCGGAUAGCAUACGAAUCCAGGACCCGUUGAAUCGGGAAAUAAGAUACAUAAGAUGGCGAUUCAUCCAUUCCUGUGGAUCCGGUCUAGCCAACUCGUUCAAUAUAUUCCCUGGUCGUCAAUUGGCUACUAUGCCGUUCCCUGUUUACUUUUUUAAAACAGGCGGAAGGUAAAAUACCAGUGGGAAUCAAAAAGGGCCCGAGAGUCGACAUUGUGUCAACCACCUCCCUAGCUUGACUACCCAGAGGAUCCGGAUGUCUGGGUGCGGCAGCCUAGUGAAUUGAAUUCCUCCCCGCCCCAAGAUCCUAUUCCUGUUCCAAACCAAUAUUGAAUUUUCCAUUCCUUCCUUCCUUCCUUAUUUUUUUAAAUUUUUUUUAGAGAAGAAAAUCUCUUAGAUGUCCCAGAUCUAGAAUUUGAGAUAGAAAAAAUUCCCCCCGUUGAUGACGUGGCUAUGGAUGCCUGCUGCGCAUCCACAACCAAUGAAUAACUGAUACUCAUUUUCAGGAUGUAUGGAAUAAUUCUCCUCGCAGGCCUAUCAUUGCCAACGCAGACGGCUGUCAUAUUCUGCCAGAAACUAGUAAAGCAGGAUUCCUCAGCUGUAAAGGAGAAAUUCAGAAACACACAUGAGGCCAAUCCUUACCCACCCAUACAUAAAUUAACUAUGGGGAGAGAUUGUCAUAUAUCUCUCUCUUAGUAAGCUAGCCCAACCAACUUUUCACCAAUUCCUGCUUUCUUUUUCUGGUUCCUUGCAUAGAGUGAGACCCGAUAUUUGUUUGACGAACAUGUUCUCCACAAAAUGUGGGGAGGCGCUUGGUGGUAAGGAGGGUGCGUCUGUUCUUCUGGGCGCUGGGGGGGGGGGGGGGGGGGU